AAGCUAUCAUAGUGGUGUCAUUUUUGUGGUUUCAAUAGUCAGCUUGAAUAACUCUCCAUUUUGUACAUAAGUAGAUCAUUGAUUAUAGUCAGCCAGGAUGCAAAGCAAUACGGAUUGGGAUUCGGUUACUUACCUCAGAAAAUCAAAACCUAAACCUGGCGCUGCAAAGUCAAACCAGGCGGUUAAUGCUGCUAUGAGACGAGGUGAAGAGGUUGAGACACGUCAAAAAUUCGGAGCAUCGCAAAACAAAAAAGCAGUCACAACAAAAAACACAGCCAAAUUAGACAGAGAAACGGAAGAACUACACCAUGACACAGUUUCUCUUGAUGUUGGUCGUCUAAUCCAACAAGGAAGACAGCAAAAGGGUUGGACACAAAAAGAACUGGCAACAAAAAUCAAUGAAAAACCACAAGUUAUUAAUGAGUAUGAAAGAGGACAAGCUAUUCCCAAUAAUCAAGUAAUGGGAAAGAUAGAAAGACAAAUUGGUUUAAAGCUUCGAGGUAAAGAUAAAGGAAAACCGAUGCAACCAGGAACAAGUAAAAAGUGAUCACUAAGAAAUGAUACAGGAACCGUCUCACAUUUUAGACUUACGUUUUGGCAAUUUUAUUGACCUUAGCAUCUCCCAUGCAAUAUAACGAAAAUUGGCAUUCAUUUGCUGUGUUAAGUUAGGGAAGACUCAUUAAUGUGAAUAAUAUCACUCUUACCAUUCACCAAACGUAAAAUAAUUUUUUUUGCCAAGUUUUAUCCCUUUUUAUUAAUAUAAACCUAAAACAAAUGCCCAGCACAAUGCACUGGUAUUAAAGUAAAAAAAUCUGCAAAGCAUUAUAGUCUUCACUCUCGAACCUUUUAUAUAAUACGCUAUCGUUCUGAAUCAUAAUUUGUUAUCUUGCUGCUAAGUGCCCUAAAGUUUAUUAGAGAAACUGUGUUUUGUUUGCAGUUAAUGUGGACCUAGAGUGGUGAAAUAUGAGAUACAUUAAUGUGUCCAAUGGUGUUAUUAUAAAGAAACAAAUUUUUUGACCAGA